AAACACAAAAUAAUAUUUAUUCAUUCUGUCACAGUGCCUCUAUUCUUAUCUAACACCACCCACAAUUUCUCAAACCACAUCUCUUUUUCUUUCCCACCGCUUGCGUCCAAAUAUUUCUCUAAUUUCCAACUCCUCUUCACUUUCGCUAACUACCAUGCCACAGGUUGAUUUGGAAACACUCGUUUCAGCCUGCGCCGGCGGGUCCACCGACCGCAAAAUCACCUGCGAGUCCUUAGCCCCCGCCGACGAAGACGCCGACGCCCAUAUUUAUCCUCCGGAGCCUCACCCUGAUUCGCCGCCGGAGUCAUUUUGGCUCUCCAGAGACGAAGAAUACGACUGGUGGGACCGCAACGCCGUCUAUGAGCGCAAGGAUUCCACAAAAGGAAACUCAAACUCCAAUUCCAAUUCCACCAACCUGAAUCCUAACUUCAACGCCAACAACACCAACUCCAACUCGCAGAGAUUCUCUCUUAACAUCAAAUCCAAGGCAGCAAUCAUUGGCCUUCCGAAGCCUCAGAAACCUACCUUCGUCGACUCCAAGCACCGUCGCAACCACAAGUUAGGAAACUCCGGGCUGUUUCCAAAGCGGAGCUCCUCCGUCGCUAAAUCGGAGUCAUCGCUCAACGAACCAUCGUCGCCCAAGGUGUCUUGCAUGGGAAGGGUUAGAUCCAAGCGCGAUCGUAAUCGAAGGUUGAGAAACUCCCGGAGAUCCUCCUUCGUCGCCGAAAACGAGAAACCGGCCAGAACACGCAAAAAACUCGGUUUCUUCGAGAGUUUCCGCGCAAUUUUCCGCACCGGUCGAAGAGAUAAACCAGACAGAAAAACCGGUUCUUUUCCGGGUGCGGAUUCAUCCGCGGAGAAUAGCACGGUUAUUGAGGCGUCGUCGAAGGCGCGGCCACGGCGUAGCACGGGGAGCAUGACUGACGCGUCGUUUGCGGAGUCAGUCACGCGAAAUAGCGUGUCGGAGGGUGAACCGCCUGGUUUGGGAGGAAUGAUGCGGUUCGCGUCAGGAAGGAGGUCCGAGUCGUGGGUAGCAGGUGAGCCCGAGAUCCACGUGGCGCAGUAAUAUUGGUCAAGGUAAAACUGCUUCCACGAUGGCUACGACGAAGUGGGCCCCACCUAUCGCCCCUGGCUGCAAGCAAUCGAUAAAAAAAUCUCGCGAGUCAGUGUUUGUGGGGACCGCAAUUUGAAUAGUCCGUUUGGAUGGGUGAUGUGACACGUUGAAUAAUGAACAGAACGUGUAUGGAGGGUUGAGGCAAGGUGAGUCUUUUUUUAUUGACGUGAUUGAUUUUGGUUUUGUUGGUGUCUUCAUCACUGUAUAUUAGCAACUGAGCUAUGUAAAUAAUUAAAUAUACCAGUCAUGGGUGUGUUGUGCCUUUCUUAUCUGAA